AUGGAGGUCAAUGUCCAGUUCAUGAGCGAUACUGCAGAACGGCGACGUACUCAAAAUCGCUUGGCUCAACGUAAAUUCCGGGAAAAGAAGCGGAAGGCAGACGAUGCCAUUCUAGAGACGGCUCAGGACCCGAAAGGAGCAUUCGGAGCACCAUCACAAUCGACGUCAACAGCCAAUAACAAUGGGGAUUUUCCGAUGAACUUUUUGCCUCUGUUCGCAAAUGAGCUACCCACAGUGGCAGGAGCUUCAUCUCCGACCGAAAUUCCGAUAACUAGCACGGAGCUAUGGGCGGGAGACAACUUCGAUCUGGAUGCAAUUGAUGAGUCCUGGUACCAAUUCAACCAUGAUUUCUCCUUCCCCUUUCCCGAUCCGUCGCAUGUCCAGUCAAGCAUAACACAACCCUAUUUUAUACAAAACAAAUCCCCCGGCUCUGCUUCAAUCAGCACACCUUCUCACAGCACAACAAGCGAUCAUCUAAGGUCGCUUUCUCCACCCGGGAACAAUCAUACUCUGUCAUUACAUCGCAGAACGUCCGAUUCCGAUAUUCGCCCGGAGAGUCCAGGCCCUCAGCUACCGCAAUCACACAACGAUGAUACAGUGCUAGGACUUAUUACUUCGGCCAGAGACAACAAAGGAUGGAUUAGCACGCUUCACAUCGCCGCUCAGAAAGGCCACGAGAGGAUUGUUCGUGUUCUUUUACUCCGUGGUAAUAUGGAUGUAAAUAAGCAAGAUAGCGACGGCCGGACGCCUUUGAUACACGCGAUCAUCGAGAACCACGAUUCUGUAGUCCGCCUACUACUCUCCCACGGUGCUCGGAUAGGCGUGUAUGACUGCGAUGGUCGCUCUGCACUGCACUGGGCUGUUUUGCAUCGGCGACUCGGAAUACUCCAGCAAUUACUUGACCACCGCGACAAGUACGAACGCAGUCUGGAUCUUGAUGUGUAUGACAAUACUGGCUGGACUCCAUUGCAUAUGUCCGUAGAUAGAGCGUUCGAGGCUGGCAUCUUGAUGCUCCUCCAGGGAGGCGCGGAUAUCAACGCCAAAGCAAAGAAAUGUCCGCAUACAGGCAAGGUCGUGCCGCUGACGGAUCGAUAG